AGUGUUAUUAAACGAGUUAACAAUGUUCUUCAUCUUGAGUAUCGCUGCCUUCCUCACCAGUAUAGCUGCUGGUCUGGUGAUGGUCCUCAGUGUGGUUAUCCCUAUCGUAGCCAUUGGAGUCCUUAGAAACGUUGCUGGCAACUUACACGAGAUCUUCCUGUCCAACACCUUCGACCUCAACGAUCUAUUGGCUAAGCUUGGUCUAUUGAUCGAAAGGGUCCCUAGUCGAGUGACUAUUGAUAGGUUCUCCCAGAAACCUCUGGUUAGAGUGAUGCAGUAAACAGGUCUACUUCACCAUUCGUAAUGAUUUGUACUUGAUCUCCUGUACUAUGGUUUUAGGGGUUUCCCUAAUGAGCACGUUCAGAUGACAACGUAAUAUAUGAGUUGUUAUAAAUGUACUAUGAGAUGUCAUAUCGCAUAUAUUAUGCUUAGUGGCCUCUUGCUACCGUGGUAGUGCUGCUACUAUUCGUUAUGUUUCGCGAUGUAGUCUCAAUAUAAUCAUUCGAGCCUUUCAUUAUUUGAUCUAUUAUUAUGUCCUAAUAAUUCUGUCGUUGCUGCUACCAAUAUUGGAACACACAUUGUUCCACAGUAAGUAUAAAUAUGCUACUGUAAGCUGCUGUAACGAGUUACCGUCAUUAACUGCUGCGAUCAUAAUGUUCGAAGUCUACGUGUGUUAUUAAAGGCCGUCUAUGAUCAUCACAACAGCAAGUUUAUCAAGAA